AUGCGAACUGCGGCGGCGCUAUGGCUGAUCACGGCAUGCCUUGUUGCUUCUGUCUCCGAGGGCAAGAAGAAGUCCAUGGCUGGCUGCAAGUCUUCCAAGAGCCCCGUCGAGUUCAUCAAGCGGUCGAACAACCUCUUGUCCCAGGGGAAAACACAACUUGCGCUCUCCUGCCUUCUAGAUGCUGUGGCUAAGUUCCCGUCUUCAGGAGAGUGCUGGGAGAGCUUGGGCGCUGUAUACGCCGAUGCCGGCUACAGCGAGGAAGGACAAAAUGCGCUGCGGAAGGCGCUCGCCAUAGACCCGGCGUUGGGGUUGGCAGCGCUGAAGCUGGGGAACAUCCUUGCGGCGCAGGGGCUGGAAGAGGAUGCGAUCGAGAUGUUCGAACGUGCCAGUGAAGCCCGUCCGGAUUCCCCGAUCCCCUUUAACAACAUCGGACUGUCGUACAUGCGACAGAGGAAGCGGGAGCAGGCAGUGCGGAUCUUCCAGGAGGGCCUUGACAGCACAGCCGCGAAUGCCUACGGUAGGGGAAUGAUCCUCAACAACUUGGGGCUGGUCUUGAAGGAUGCUGGGCACCUCGAGGAGGCGAUACGUCACUUCGAGGAGGCGCGGGCCCUGGACGGCUCCCUGGAGUCUCACGCGAAUCUGGCCAAUGCGUUGUUCGAUGUGGGGCAGUAUGGUGAGGCAGAGCAGAUGUGUCGAGAUGCGAUGGAAGGGAACUUAAGAGACAAGAACAUCCUUGUGGUCUAUCUAUCUUCGCUUGUCCUCCAAGACAAGCUGCACUCAGUAGUCGAGCUGUUGUCUUCAGACUCGUUUGCCCGUUCCGUCGGCUCCGACAAGGCAGAGAUUCUGCAGCUAAGCAUGCUCGGGGCUCUCAGCAGCGCCAACAUGAUCGGAGCUGCUCGCCUGCUGACUCAGGCACACGAGCGAUACGAGCUCAACUAUGCUCUCCGCGCUUAUGUGACGGCCCUGCGGAUAGAAGGUGACUCGAAAUCGUCGAUGGAGCAGCAGCAGGCGUUGUCGGGGCUUGGAGCUCUGCUUUACAGGUUGGCAAGGUUUGGCGACUCAGAGAAGAUUUUUCGUAGGAUCACACGGCUCAAGUCAGUUGACAGGGUGCUGAUGGUUGAGGCAUACAACGGGCUGGGAGCUUCCAUAGAGAUGUCCCACACGAGGUUGGACGAGGCCGUGAGAUUCUAUCGGACUUCUUAUGAGAUGAAUAAUGACUUCGAGACCCCCUUCUUCAGCCUGAUCCAUCUCCUCGGACGCAUCUGCGACUGGAGGGGCUGGGAGCGAGACUUCAGCAAGGCCCGAGCUCUGAUCGACCAGGGAACCGCCGGGGGACUAGGCCCCAUCUUCGCUCUCGCCUAUCCUCUCAGCGAUCGACAGCUCUGCAACGUAGUUCGCCAGCGAGCUGCGCACGUGCUCGAGGUGUCCAGGAGGAUCUCUGCUAACUUCAUCCCCUGGCUGCCCGACAAGAGCGCCGGGGUGGACAAGCUCGCCAUCGCCUUCCUCUCGGCCGACUUCAACGCUCGUCCGGUCGGGCAGCUCGUCCAGGGUCUCUUCCGCUUUCUCGACCGCUCUCGGCUCGAGGUCUUCUGCUUCAGCUUCGAGGCCAACGACGGCUCCGAGCCGCUUGUCACCAUCCACAACUCCGUCGACGAGUUCCACUGGGUCAAGGGCAUCGACUCGCGCAUGGUCGCCGAGAUGGUCAACAGCGCCCAAGCGCAUGUCAUGGUGGAGCUCAACGGCUACACUGACGGGGGUCACGCUGAAAUCGGGGCCCUGCGCCCGGCCCCGGUGGUCGUGCACUACCUGGGGUACCCUUACUCCCUCGGCCUUCCCCAGUUCGACUUCAUCAUCACCGAUCGCGUCGUCACUCCUCCCGAGCACCACCCCAGCUGCUUCACCGAGAAGUUUGCGGUCCUCCCUCGCACGUACAUGGUGGCGGAUCAUCGUCAGAGCCAGAUGAAGCAGGUGGAGGGAGACUUUACCCCUGAGGACGCUGCUGCCCGCAACCUCCCCCACCACCAGCACCAGGUCAUCUUUGCAAACUUCAAUCACCUGCAGAAGCUCGGGCCAGGAACUUUCGCCUUGUGGAUGAAAAUCCUCGGCCAGGUCCCUUCCUCUCUUCUUUGGAUGCUCAGGUUUCCAAGGGAGGCUGAGGCUCAUCUGAAGAGGGAGGCAGCGGCAAGCAACAUCAAUGCCUCUCGAAUCCUCAUGACGGACAAGAUCCUCCUCGACACCCUGGAGUACAACGCGCACGUCUCGGGCAUCGACGCUCUCUGGAUCGGCCUUCCCCUCAUCACCCUCGCAGGGAGCAACAUGGCGAGGAGGUGCGGCGCUUCCUUCCUGCAGUCCCAGGGUUUAGACCUCCUCCUCGCGCGCACGCAGGCAACGAGCCAUGUUCUGCACCCCAGAACUUGUGACGGCUCUGCUGAGCAGGAGGAGUACGUGGAGAUGGCGGUGAAGCUUGGGAGGAGCACAGAGAGAGGAGGGAACGGCACCUCGAGCCUCCGGAAGCUGCGGCAGCGGGUGGAGGGCGCGCGAUCCUCGUCGCUGUUCGACACUGAGGCCUGGGUGCGCGACUUCGAGCGUCUUGUGCACAUGAUGGUGGAGGCAGCAUGGGCGGGAGGAGACGGGAGAGGGAGAAAUCACCUGGUAGCCUCAGGAUACUCGGGAUGGAAGUCUUCUCCAUCAGCACAAAGACGAUCAUGA